CAGACAGACAGAUAGCAAAAACCAAAAAAAAAAAAAAAUUAAACAAAAAGCAAAAACUCUCUCUCUCUCUCUCUCUGUCUCUCUGUGCAGUGCACUGCAAUGCACUGCACUGCAUGAUCGCACUCCCUUCAGCACGUUCCUCUGCUCCCCUCCUCCUCCUCCUCCUUCAAAUACUUAUAUAUCUCAUCUCUCUCUCUCUCUAAAACCCAUUGAGGCAGAGAGCCAAAAAAUAAAGCUAUAGUGUGUGAGAGAAAGAGAAAAAAAUGGAUGUGUACGGAGGAGGAGUGUCUAGUACAGCUGAUUCGAACUUCCCAAUAGAUGACCUCUUAGACUUUUCCAACGACCAACUCUUCUCUUCCUCUUCUUUCUCCUCCAACGACUCUGAUGUUACCCCCACCCAAAAUUACCUUCCUACCCCUCACUCUCACUCUCACGCUCACGCUCACGCUCAGCCCAUUGUUAAUAACGGCCUUAACUACCACCACCACCACAUCUCCACCGACUUCACCAACGACCUCUGUGCCGUCCCCAGCGAUGACGUGGCGGAGCUGGAGUGGCUUUCGCAAUUCGUUGACGACUCCUUCACCGACUUUCCGGCGAACGAGCUCGCCGGAGCAAUGGCAUUCCGAACGGAGGCUUCACCGGAGACCGGACAAACGAAGCAGAAGAGCGGAGAGCGUGGUUCUCCGGCGGAGGGAGAGGUGAGGAGGUGCACGCACUGCGCGUCGGAGAAGACGCCGCAGUGGCGGACGGGUCCGCUGGGACCGAAGACGCUUUGCAACGCGUGCGGUGUGCGGUUCAAGUCGGGUCGGCUCGUGCCCGAGUACCGACCCGCGGCGAGCCCGACUUUCGUGCUGACUCAGCACUCGAACUCGCACCGGAAGGUCAUGGAGCUUCGUCGCCAGAAGGAGCUAACGAGCGAACAACAGCAAGAGCAAAUGUAUCAUCACCACCACCGUCAGGUAUGCUGACGUGACGUGUCGGAAUCUGGUUGGACUGCGAUCGGUGUUAAGAUACCCAACCCAAAUGGGGGCCGGUUUAUGUUAUCAAAACUCAGGACUAAAUUUUAAAUUUUAAUUUUGGUUUUUUUUUUUUUUUUUUUUGGUUUCAGCAGUAGUAUUAAAAGAA